GAGUAUUAAAUGAGUUUCAUUGUUUAAAAUAAAAAUUCGUGAAGAAACAGUUUUUCAUUAUAAAAAUGAUUUGAAACUUUUAUAUAGAAAUAUCUCCCCCAAAAGAAAAGAGAAAUGAAUUUCGCAAAACUGACAAGUGGAGCUGGAACGCUCAUCAAUAAAGCCAGACAGAUGACGAGCGAGACUCUGGGAUACGCAGAAGUUACUGAGUACGAUCCGAACCUGGUGGCCCUCAUAACGAAGGCUGACAAGAUCAAAGUGUGGACUGAAAGGAUCAUCAAAGAGGCUGAGGCUUUCCUUCAGCCUAAUCAAGCUGCUCGUGUCGAGGAUUACUUGUCGGAGAAGCUGCAGGCCCAGAAGUCCAACAGACCAACCGAGUAUGAAUCAUUCGCGCAAGUUCUUCUCGAGGCUUCCAUUGACCUCGGAGACACCACACCUUAUGGAGCCACACUGAACAAAUUUGGAGCAGCGCAAACAAAAAUCGCAGAAGAGUUCAAAAAUUUUACGCAGAAAGCACGCGAGGAUUUCGUCAAACCGAUGAAAAAUUUUCUGGACGUGAACAUGGCAUAUGCAUUGAAAGAGAAGAAGAACUUGGAGGACCUGCGUUUGAAGCUGGACAUCGUCAAGUCCAAGAUGAAGAAACUGACCAGUUCCGGGAAGGAGCCUGACCCUAAUGAUCUUGCCAAGGUUGAAGAUGAGCUGAAGGUUGCCCAGACUGCAUUCGACGAACAGUCAGCCGCAACUACCCAAGUUAUGGAGAACUUGGCUUCUCUCCAGGCUGAUCACAUAAUCUACGUGAAAGCGUUCGUUACCUCUCAGCGCAAGUUCUACGACGAUUGUUCUGCGGCUCUCAAGAAUUUGGACCAAGAUUAAAAAAACAUAUACGCCUUAUUUCUGUUUUUCAACUAUACGAAGAACCUGCAACUUGAAUGAGUUUUUGUUCAUCAACACGCGCACACUUUUUACUUUUGCACAUAGACCAACACACUUGACAAACUGUUUUGCAAUUUUUUACAUCAUACAUCGAUCAGGAACAUAUUAAUUUUUCAUAUAUUAAUAAAUAAGAACCCAAUAAAAUCAUUUUUCUGCUGUUAACCGUUAACAACAUCUUCAGCAAAAAAAUCUUCAGCCAAAUGCUCAAAACAUGUGUUCAUUUAAAUAUUCGCACACUCAUCAAGUUUACAUAUUUUCGUUAAGUUAUUAACAUUUCUUUAGAAAUAAGUCAAGUUAAAAGCUAAAUAAGAUCAAUAACAACAUUAUAAUGAUGAUGUCAGUCUAAAAGUUGCUUCAAUAUGCAUGGGAGAUGUAUAACUUUCAAGUUUUUAAUUUUCGUGUUUGCAACCUGACAUUGAAAAUUUAAAUUUUAAUUCUAGCGUAAGUCGGUUUUUUAUUCUCAUGGUGCGAAGUUUAUUUUAUUUUUUCUAUUUUAAUUUUAUUUCAAUUUUCAAGUUAUUUUAUCCUAAAUGAUUUUGUUGCUAAUUUCAUUUAUGAUGACAAUGUUAACGUGUGUACGUAUAAUCAAUCUUUGAUUAUUCCGUGGUUAAGGUUUCAUAAAUCUGAACGUGUUGAACAUUCUAUAUUCGUUAUUACGAUUUUUUGAAAUUAAUAAAUUUUCUACAAUAAUAAUAAUAAUGCUCUUUUACAAAAUAACUCGAAUGAUGAAAGAAGAAAUAAUUGAUUUCACACACUCUCAAAAA